UUUGGAAUUUGGCGCGAAAUGAUUAUUGUUGAUUGUCAAUCGUUCGUCCGUGAGGUGAGGUAGUGUUGUAAAUAGUAAUAAGUGACGUCUUUCGGUUAAAGUACUCGGUCUACAUAUUUAAAAAAAUAAGCUGAAGUGGAGAAUCUCAGAACGACUUGGUCAAAUUAUGGCACAUGAAGAUGAUUUGUUGGCUUGUUUGCUGGACGUUGCAGAAGCAGAAUUGAACUCCUUGAACAGAAAAGAAAACGGUACUAUUGAAUCAUCUAUUAGUAAUGAAGUGAUUCCCCAAAACAGAAAUGUUCAAUUAUUACAAGAUAUAGAUUUUCUCGCUUAUGACAAUAAUGAGGCGAAAACAAAAAAUGAUGUGACCAAAACAAUCUCUAACAUCGAACAGAAUUUCAGUUCAAUUCAUGAAGGUUUCACUGACUCUUCUGAUGAUGAAGGUAAUAGGAAUUUUGAAGAGAAAAAAUAUAGUGAAUCUGGCGAGUCAAUAAAAAAACUUAUCAAUCAUUCAGAAUCCUCCUAUGAUCAUGGCAGUAAAGAACGAAUAACACAACAAAGAAAUAUACCAUCAAAAAAUUGGAAAACAAAACUAAUAGCACCAACAUCUAUACAGAUUCCUGAAAGAACAAAGGCAUCUUCAAAUCUAAUAUCAUUUGAUACUAUGUUUGGUAUUCGUGUUAUUAACCCCAUAAUUUCUUCAAAAAGCUUGGAAGAAAAAAUGGUGGGUCGUAAAGUGGUACCAAUACAACAUAUAAGUACUCAUCUCAAGAGUCUGAGUAAAAAUGAUGAUUGGGUUAUAGCCGGAGUAAUUUGUAAUAAAGGAUGUACUAAAACUAGUGCUAAAGGUAAUUCAUUUAUGAUAUGGACUAUAAGUGACUUAGUUGGGGAUAUCAAAACAGUUGCUCUAUUUUUAUUUGGAAGUGCUUAUGAGCAGUUCUGGAAAACCCAAGCAGGAAGUGUUGUUGGUGUUUUGAAUCCAUCAAUUCUUGAUAAAAGAGAUGGUGCCAGAGAUGAAGCAACUCUUUCUAUAGACAAUCCCCAGAAGCUGCUGAUCUUAGGUCAAUCGAAGGAUCUGGGCAUGUGCAAAAGUACAAAGAAAAAUGGUGAUAAAUGUACAGCAAUUGUUAAUAAGAGUGAUUGUGAAUAUUGUGUGUAUCAUGUUAAAAAAGAAUACCAAAAAUGUAGUCGUAGAUCUGAAUUACAAGCAAAUUUUUCAGGAAAAGGUCUAAUAGCUUUAAGAAAUAAAGUACUUGGAAAAAAUGAAGUAUUUUAUGCUGGGAAAUCCUACACUGCAAUACCAGCCAAACAAAGCAGAAAAUUAAUCAAGAAAGAUAAGGAUAGGUUGCAGAGCCUUAGUGGAAUGACAAGAACGUCGUCUGUAGAAAAGUUCAAUGUGAGAAAAGCAGCUGCAAGUUUUGAUGUUGAUAGCAGUCAAAGAUUGAAAGAUAUGGAUACUCUCAGAAAAUUAGGAGCGAGUACAGAAAAAUUCGAGGUAGUUGAUAACUCAAAUUUCAAAAACAAACAUUCUGCUGGAGUGAGUCUGAAUGAAGCCAAAGCAAAUGCUGCAAAGGUUCUGUCUAAGUUACAAAUUAGGGAGGAAAGUUCAAUAAAAAAUAGAAAGGAAAAGGAGAAUGAUAAAAAAUCUUGUUUAUUAUUAGAAACAGGCAAUGAGAAUAAGUAUAUGAGAAAGAAGUCCUCUGGAGUUGAUCAUAAAUAUGAGUUACUACAAAAAUCUCUGGAUGAAAUUGUUCAGACAGAUUUUAUAGACCUGGAUGUAGAUUAUAGAAAAUCUGGAAUUAGUUUCAAUUCUAUUAAAACCAGUUCAUCCACUAAUAACUUCAACAGUCAAAAGAAAGAACACAAAACUCAAAAGGAAGGGUUGUCUGAUUUGAAUGAUUAUAAAAUACAGAACACUGUUGCAGAAAUAACAUCUGAUAACAAAUCAGAUUUUUCACCUUCUUUAUUAGCUGCUACAAAAAUUUGUUCUGUAAAAAGUUUGGCUGAUGAUAAAACUCCAUUGGAAGCUUCCCAAAAAAAUACCUCAGAGCCAGUUUUCAGUAAAGCAUUACUAACCAGUACCUUACCUUCAUUGUCAAGCAGUGGAGGUAUGAUAGAUUUAAGUGCACCAAUUAGAAAAAAAAUACAUGAAGCAAAAUUGAAUGCUCUGAAGUAUGUAGAAAAAAAUGGUCCCCUGAAGAAAUCAAAUCCAAAUAGCAUUACAGGAAGAGGGUUAAAGAGAAGUUUGGAUGAACUUAAUAUAAGUGGAGAGAAUUCCAACAAAAUACAGAAAUUCCAAGAGAAUGAACAUCUUUCAGAUCGCUUCAAGAAAAUGAUGGAGUUACAAUCUAAACAUACAGAUUUGAUAGAGUUGAGGGAUAAUGAAGAAAAGGAGAAAUAUUUCAUGAAACAAGAAGUUAAAGAAAGAAUGGAAGAAAAAAUGGCCAAUACUUACAAAGUUGAAUGCAAAGCUGUAAGAUGUUUGGAUUGUAAAUACACAAAUUUUUCAGCCAGCGAAAAAUGUAAAGCAGAAAAGCAUCGUCUUGUGUACAGAAAGGCUAUGAAAAGAUUUUUCAAAUGUGGCAAUUGUGGGAAUCGAGUUGCUUGUUUAGAUAUUAUUCCUUUAUAUCCUUGUAAAAAUUGUGGAGAUGGAAAAUGGGAGCGGACAACAAUGAUGAAAGAGAAGACCAUAACAAAUAGUGUUGCUUUAUCAAUUAGGGGAGGAGAACAGACAUUUGUAAAUUCUGUUGUUUCUGAUGCAAAUAUAAAUUUGUUGGUUCCAGAAGAAAGUUGAAUUUUUAUAGGUUCAUUGUAUUGAAUUCAAUUAAUUUAUUAAGUGAAAACUUAUUAUUAAAACGAUUGAAAGUUCAGCUGUUAACUAUUGAAGAAAAAUUGUUUAUUUUACAUUUUUUCAAAAGAAGUGAUCAUAUUGGUUUCACAUAAUAUAUAUAUAUAUAUAUAUUGACUUCUCCAGUAUUAACUUGGCCUUAUUUUUAGUUACAAAUAAUCUUUUGUUAUAACAUUCUUAAAAGAACAAUUGCAUUUUAAUUCGUCUUAUGAUUCAAAAGUGCAUGAUUUUAGUAAAUAAAGAUAUUUGAAGAAACAAUCCCUUUCAAGGAAUUUGUCAAGCGAUUAUUUUUUCAAGCUAUUUAAGAGAAAUUAUUAUGUAAUUUCAAGAAAUAAUGUGAAAUUAUAGUGAGGAAUGCGUAAAUAAUGUAUUUUUGCAUAUUUCAAAUAGAAAAUGAUCAAAUAUAUUGCUGAAUGUUUGGAAUAA